AUGUUUCAAUCGAGGAACACUCGCGUGAACGUCGAGAGGCUGAAGAUCGAAUGCUCCAAAUACUUCGGCACGGAGGGUCUGGGUAGGUACUGGAUCCCCGAAUGUCUGAGCUAUGCACACACCUUCCUCAGCACCCUCUACAUGGCUUCCGCAUACGAUGAUGUCGUUCACAAUCGAGAGAUAGAGAGUUUGGAAACCGCAGCACUGCGCCAAGAUGUCAUACAUUUCGUAGGUGGUCACCUCACCGACGUGGAGCAGAGUGUGGCGGAUCACAACAUCAUCGCCGUCAGCCAACUCAUAUUGGGAGAUGUCAUCAGCCGGUCCGAUGCGGAUCGACACUUCCACCAAAACGGAAUUGCGAUGAUGAUCAAGCAGCGCGGCGGACUCCAAAACUUGGGUGUUAACGGCCAGCUAGCAUCUGCAGUCUCCUGGGCAAAUCUUGCGACUGCGGCUUUGCUGGAAGCUUCGCCGACUCAGAUGUACGUUGACCACUGUAAACUGCGGGCGGUAAAGGCAUAUCCAUUGAUCGCUACGAUACCGGAAUCGCCCCUCUACCAGCCACACAAAAGAUUCGUGACAAUCGAGAGGUCGCAACGCUGUAAUGCAAACGCGCAAAGACUUCUGGUCGAAAUCCACGCAAUGACGGAAUUCUUUCUCGACACCAAUAGCUCGAAACGUACAGGCAACUCCAAUAAGAUUCAAGCCGUCUACGACCGUAUCGUUCGAUGUCGAUUUGCACAGCAACCUCACAAAACAUCCCUUACAAAAAAGAGCGACUGGAAGUGUGAGGCAAUUCGACUCGCCGCAAUCGUUCAGGCGCAGGCUAUGUUCGAUCAAGUUCCCCUAUCAGAAGCGCUCAACCUUGUGCAGGUACCGGAAAUGCGGCCGCUUAUGUACAGCUCGUCCACAGCCUCACACUCUAAUGGCACCAUUUCCUCCACUCUGGAACCUCUGGACGUCAGUCCGGCUACUGACUUUUCCGAGAGUCCAAUGUUUGGUUCAUUCAGCGAAGGCUUCCCUUUCGACAGCCACCGUCCUUCAAAUGCGUCCACAUGCUCACGACCCUCACUUUCGACGUUGCAGUCAAGCUCAUCGGAUAUCCCUCUCCAGCAACAACUGUUUACACGGACAGUCAGCGGAGACACCAUCCUCCAACAACUACGAGACGCCCUCGAGAACUCAGACCUUUCAGACUGUUGGUCCGAUAUGGCCGGAGUGCUGCUGUGGAUUGGCUUGGUCAUGGGAGCCGCGAGUAACAACAGCAAAGACAAGAAGUUGCGAAGAUACUUCUCUGCAACGACGAUGCGCGCAUGCAUCAUGUUAUGCUUUGAGCAUCCUGAAGCGAUUCAUUCCACGAUGCUGAGAAUGACUGAUCUUGUCGCAGCCUUAGGCAGAAAGUCUAAUGAGGGACAAAUGAUAAGAAACGACAGCUUCGUGUCGAGGAAGCGAUCGAAAAAUUGA